AUGAAUGUAUCAGUACAAAGGAUAGGGGAUCAACGGAGUGCAAUAAUUAGAAAUAAGUAUCUAUCAGCCCGAAGACUCAACGAAUUAAAGAAUGAAGUAGAAUACCAGCUAUCUACCGAACUUGAAAUCGUUAGAACUCAACAAAAUGAUGAUUAUAUGACGCCUGUUGACGAUAUUUAUCAACAUGACGAACACCAAGCGAUAAACGCAUUAACAAAUGUUGACGAAAAUGAAAACUUGACGAUACUAAGAAAUGAAUUCAAUGCUGCAAUGAUAGAGUUCAAUGCCGAAAAAAUAUGUACUCAUCUUGAUACGCACAACAUUCUAGCCAUCGAACAAAAAGGAUGUGUUAAAAACAGCAAAGGCUGCAAAGAGCAGCUGAUAAUUGAUACAGACAUAAUGGAGCAAGCAUAUCAUAAUCAAAGAAAUAUUUAUACAUCUUAUAUCGACUUCAAAAAAGCCUUUGACACUGUUCCGCAUUCUUGGAUUUUGGAGGUUUUAGACUUUUAUAAAAUAUCGCCGAACAUAAAACGUCUUAUGCAGCAACUUAUGAACUCAUGGAAUGUUACUUUAAAACUAUUUCAUAAUAAAGGACUCAUAAAACCCGCUCCCAUACCUAUUAGAGGUAUUUUCCAAGGAGAUAGCUUGAGUCCGAUAUGGUUUUGUCUGGCGUUAAAUCCACUUUCUUCGAUACUAAAUGCGUCAAACUACGGCUUUAGUUUAAAAGCACCGCGUGUAUCGCAAUAUAGACUUUCACACCUACUGUACGUGGAUGACAUAAAGCUAUAUGCUGCAAAUGAACGUCAAAUGAAUACGCUACUGGAACAAACAGAAGAUUUUUCAAAUGAUAUAAAAAUGUCGUUUGGAGUAGAAAAAUGUCGAAGAUUAAGUGUGGAAAAUGGAAAACUUAUAAGGCGAGAAUUAGAAUUAAUGACUCAUGAAACUGUAGACUCAAUGACAGAAGGCGACACAUAUAAAUACCUUGGUAUUUUACAGGCUAGGAGGAUGCAGCACAGUGAAAUAGUUUCAGCCGUAACUAGUGAAUACCUCCAAAGAGUAAAGAGCUUGCUGAAAUCAUGCUUGAAUGGGGAUACCGGUUUUAACAUACACCUUUGGUGUAGUAAAAUGGUCCGAAACAGAACUGGAAAACGUCAAGAGAGCAACAAGGACAUUGUUGACAAAGUAUGGGACGCAUCACGUCUCUACUUGCCACGUCGACAGGGAGGUCGAGGGAUGGUAGACAAGCAAUUACAUAAUAAGUGUAAACAAAGCCUUCGUUUAUACUUCCACAACCAAAAGAACAGCCUACUCCAAACCGUGUGCGAAGCCGAUUUAAAAUAUUCACCAUUAAAUCUUAGUGAAUUUUCUGCAAUCGAAUUAAUAUCAGGAACGCAACAUAUCCAGUCGCUCAUGGAAGACUGGAAAAUGAAAGCGGUUCAUGGCAGAUAUCCACAUGUUCUAGACGCUCCUGAAGUAGAUAACGCUUCUUCCAACGAAUGGUUAAUUCACUCCGGUAGCUACGCCGAAACUGAAGGUUUUAUGAUCGCUAUACAAGAUCAAGUUAUUGCGACUAGAAACUACUCGAAAUAUAUUAUGCGUGCGUCCGUUGAAAACGACCUAUGCAGACGAUGCCAAAAGCAAACAGAAACCAUCCACCACAUCACAGGAGCUUGUGUCACGUUAGCAGCCACCGAAUACUUAACCAGACAUAACCAGGUGGCAAAAAUUGUACACCAGAGUCUAGCGAUACAACAUAAGCUAGUAACGGAAGAGCUGCCGUACUUUAAAUAUACUCCAGACGCUGUAAUUGAAAACAGAACGAGCAAGCUAUAUUGGGACCGAUCAGUUUUGACGGACCGUCCAAUGCCACACAACAGGCCGGACUUAAUAGUGGUCGAAAAAGAAGUGAAUCAAGCGUUCCUCAUAGAUAUAGGCGUACCAAAUACUCACAAUCUUCAAGAUUGUUAUAUGGAGAAAUACAGAAAAUACCAGAGCUAA